CAGCGGACAACAAAAAUGGCAUUCAAGUUUUUGACCUUCCUCGCCCUGGUGGCCGUUGCCCGUGCCGGAGUUAUCUCAGCUCCACUGUCGUACGCAGCAGCUCCAGCUCAGCUGGCUUACGCGGCACCAGCCCAAGUCGCAUACGCUGCUCCGGCUCAUGUGGCCUAUGCUCACGCUCCAGCUCCGAUUUCCUACGCCGCUCCGAUUGCCAAGACCAUCGUUGCUGCCCCGAUCGCGAAAACCAUCGUCGCUGCCCCGAUCGCCAAAACGAUCGUUGCUGCCCCGGCCGAAGAGUACGACCCGAACCCCCAGUACUCGUACUCGUACGGAAUCUCCGACGCCCUGACCGGUGACCAGAAGAGCCAACAGGAAUCCCGCAACGGUGACAUCGUCCAGGGAUCGUACUCCGUCGUCGAUCCGGACGGUUUCAAGCGCACCGUUGACUACACCUCGGAUCCACACAACGGAUUCAAUGCCGUCGUCAGCCGGGAACCGAUUGCCGCCGUCAAGACCAUCGCGGCCGCUCCGGUUGCCAAGAUUGCCAUCGCUCAGCCAGCUGUCUAUGCAGCUCCGUUCCUGACCUUCUGCGCCUUGGUAGCCGUUGCCCGCGCUGGAGUUAUCUCGGCUCCACUGUCCUACGCUGCCCCAGCCCAGGUUGCUUAUGCUGCCCCCGCUCACGUAGCGUAUGCUGCCCCGGUAGCCAAGACACUGCUUGCCGCUCCAGUUGCCAAAACCAUCGUCGCUGCCCCGGCCGAAGAGUACGACCCGAACCCUCAGUACUCGUUCUCGUACGGAAUUUCCGACUCACUGACCGGGGACCAAAAGAGCCAGCAGGAAUCCCGCAACGGCGAUGUCGUCCAGGGUUCGUACUCCGUCGUUGAUCCCGAUGGUACCAAACGCACCGUCGACUAUACCGCCGAUCCACACAACGGAUUCAACGCCGUCGUGCACCGUGAACCGUUGGCCGUGAAGACCAUCGCGACUGCUCCGGUUGCCAAGGUUGUCGCUGCUGCCCCCGUCGCCUAUGCCGCUCCGGUGGCCAAAACCAUCAGCUAUGCCGCACCGGUUGCCAAACUGGCCGCCCAUGCUCCCGUAGCUUAUGCCGCCGCUCCAGCCUACGCUUACCACUGAAAACCGCACCGCCUAGCAACCAAUCAACAAGACUGUCACAGCAGUAUGGACGCAGCACGCAACGCAACAACUACAACCCAUACCUGAGAAUCGUAUCGUUUUCUUUUUUUUUGUUUACUUUUAAUGCCUGCUUUUUAACCAAGGCGAGUUCAGCCCCGUUCUCGCCGAACUGUAAAAAUACUUGAAUGCUGAAAUUAUUUAUUACACUUUUUUUCUGUUUGUUUAUUUAAAAUACAACAAUGUAUUGUCAAUGAAGCUA